UCCGCCAUCUUUGUCGGCUACCCCAUUGUUCACCGUGGAGACAACAACGGCGCAAAAUCAGUUCAUACUGCGCAAUAAUAUUACUUGACGGUGUCACAGGCAGCUGCCCGCGACAGUCGUGGAUUUGCUCUCAGGGUUGCGACUUGUUUUCGGCCAGCAAGUUCAACAGAAUGGACGAUGACCAGCCCAAAACCCUGUAUGUGGGAAAUCUGUCCCGAGAUGUGACAGAGGCCCUCAUCUUAGAGUUGUUUGGCCAAAUUGGACCGUGCAAGAGCUGUAAAAUGAUAGUAGAUACAGCAGGUCAUGAUCCAUACUGCUUUGUGGAGUUCUAUGAGCAUAGACAUGCUACUGCCACAAUUGCAGCCAUGAAUGGUCGGAAAAUACUGUGUAAGGAGGUCAAGGUCAACUGGGCCACGACGCCAACCAGCCAAAAGAAAGACACAAGCAGUCACUUCCAUGUUUUUGUUGGAGAUCUAAGUCCCGAGAUUACCACGGAUGACAUAAGAGCAGCCUUUGCUCCUUUUGGGAAAAUAUCGGAUUGUCGAGUGGUGAAAGACAUGGCCACAGGUAAAUCUAAAGGCUAUGGCUUUGUGUCCUUCUUCAACAAAUGGGAUGCAGAAAAUGCCAUACAGCAGAUGGGAGGGCAGUGGCUUGGAGGCAGGCAGAUCAGGACCAACUGGGCCACAAGGAAGCCUGCUCCUAAAACUACGAAUGAAACAACUAAUACCAAGCAGCUGUCUUUUGAUGAGGUGGUGGGUCAGUCCAGCCCCAGCAACUGCACCGUGUAUUGUGGUGGAGUCACAACAGGUCUUACAGAGCAAAUCAUGAGGCAGACCUUCUCACCCUUUGGCCAAAUAAUGGAAAUCCGUGUUUUCCCAGACAAAGGCUACUCAUUUGUGAGGUUCAACUCCCAUGAAGCGGCGGCUCACGCCAUUGUUUCCGUCAAUGGCACGUCCAUAGAGGGUUAUAUUGUUAAGUGUUACUGGGGCAAAGAAACAGCAGACAUGGUCAGCCCCAUUCAGCAGGUACAUAUGCCACAGCAGAACACAGUGAGCUUCGCAGCACAGCCCUACAGUCAGUGGGGUCAGUGGUACAGUAACACGCAGCAGAUUGGCCAGUAUGUGCCCAAUGGAUGGCAGGUGCCGAGCUACGGAGUCUAUGGACAGACCUGGGAUCAGCAGGGCUACAAUCAUUUACAUGCUGGUGCCGGAUGGACAGGAGUGGGAGCCAUGAGCAACGGCGGCAUGGUGGAGCCCGGGCAGGGAGUCAACGGAACGAUGCUUACCAACCAGGCUGGCAUGAGCGCUGCCGGCUACCACACCCACUGAUCACCGAUCACCGUAGCCCUCGUUCUAAGCCUCUGAGGUCUCAAGGAUGAUACUCUGCUGGGGAAGAAGUGCAUUAGAUGUGCUCUCUCUCUGUUACUACACAAAUAUUAUUCUCUGUUAGGCUGGCUGGUGCACCAUUUUUAUAUCAGCCUGACCAGCCCAUAAUCUUCGCCCACUGCCCAAAUCUGCAACUGUGUAAUGAAAACUCUCCACACCAGAACACUUACACACUGUCAGAACAGCUUUUGCUAAUCCACUGUGUGUCCCUGGGCCCAUUUUAUUAUUUGGUGUAAAUGUAAAUUAUACAACAUCAACAUUUCUUCACAGCCAUGAAUUAAUUUAAAAAGAAAUAUUGACAAAUGAAAUUGAUAGUAAAACAAACAGCAGGUGUAGUUUGUAUUCAGCCCCAUCAGAGCCAAAGAGCAAGGGCAGAGAUUAAUACCAGUGUUUAACAAUCAUGCAGGGAGGAGAGACAAACAACUUUGCCACACAAAAUACUCUACAGUCCACAGUCAACAACUACAACAAAUACAAGAAAAUCACAAAGAUGUGUCAAGUGAGGAGUGUAAUUUAAAAUAAAACUUCAUUCACAUUUGCAACAUCGAUUGAACCACCUGUUACUAAUGUGAACCUCAAGUCCAAGGAAGUUCUCAGGUUGUUGUAAAGUCAUUCUGUGAAACGUAGGGAAUCACUGAGUAGAGACAGGCAGGUUGAGGGAAAGCAGACGCCACAAAGAAACAAAACAAGUAGAUUUUCAGCUCUCCUUCACGUCAUCUCCCUGAAACGGACUGAACAGACUGAGAGUCCAGUCUGAGGAUAUGAAAUGUGUGUGUGUGUGUGUGCUUAUGUGUGUGCAUGAACUGAUGCUUUUACACACAAGACAACGUCCAGUUCAUCUUCCCCUGUGACAGAAAGGACUGCACCACCGUGUUUUUUUUUUCUUUUUUUUUUUUUGCCACAGCUAUAAUCGACAAAGCAUCAUUCUCUUCCCCCUUUUUGUUUUGAGCAAAUUGAUGACAUUGUAUAAAAGCUUCUUUUUUUUGUUGUUGUUUCAUUUCAGGACUGUCUUAUAAAGAAAUGUUGCAGUGACACCAUGUGAGAUGUGAAACCUUUUGUUUGUUUAUAAAACACUAAGUGGCUGUCAACUGUCAACCUUAUUUUUGAAUUAGAUUUUCAAUAUCUCAAAUAAACCAAUUGCAGGGACUACUGCCACUCUUACCUUACUUUAGGCAGACAACUAUUGCACAAAUACUUAAGGUUAUCUUUUCACAUAAUUUGAAAUACUAGGGUUUUUUAUGUUUUUGCAUUCCACCUUCUUUUGUAAUUUCAUUUGGAAGUCUGUUUUUAUGUAAAUAACCAAACAGUCUGUUCAAUUGUACUGAAUCUGUAUAAAGACAACAUGUUAAUAAAAGGAAGCGUGCUUGCUUCUGGUUGGGGAAAUGGAUUCCACAAACAGCUGUUUGACAGUAGCAUCCCUGUCCAGUGCUGGUCUGUGUACAGUAGAGACAGUGCAACAUCUGAUUCUUCCAGACGCUUGGAGGACAAGCAGCAUUGCUAUGCAAUGCAAACGCCUUUAGACUAAUAAGUAAUGCAUCAUUUAAGUUAUUCUACUUUCAAACCUAAAUGACGAUUGUUUUUGUAGAGAAACUUCACAAGAAUCAGAUUUUUGCACUGAGGCCACCGUUCUUUUUAAUGUAGUAGAGAAAAUCCAUUGUGUUGCCUUAUCAAUGAAUUACUUUUAAUUUAACCAAAAAAAAAAAAAAAAAUCAUGUGAGGAGGCGAUGCCUACGAAUGUUUUCAACCUAUGUUUUGGCAAAGGGCAGUUUGUGUUGAUGCUUCAGUCACAUGGUUUGUGUUUUUGCUUUGUCCCAUUAAAAAUGCUGAUGCUUCAAACAGCUCACAUUUA